AUGAUUCUUUUCCUUUAAGAAUCCAAACAUGAUAAAGAAUUAACCAGUCUGCAACGACUCAUCUUCAUUGCAACUACUACCAUAAAAAAGUUAGAUAUUAUUUUAUAGAUAAAGUGAAGUUAGUGUCAAAUUUGUAACAAUGGAAUUAAAAUGGAUUUCUAUUGUUACUGUAUGGACAAUUCUUUUAUUAAAUGGAUUAGAAAUAGUUGCAGAACCACCUUCAAGUUACCAUCCACCAAAAUCUACUUAUAGUGCACCAUCAUCUAGUUACAGUGCACCAUCAUCUAGUUACGGUGCACCAAGCUCCAGUUAUGGUCCACCUAAACAAAGUUAUGGACCACCAAAACCAGUGUAUGGACCACCGAAACAAAGUUAUGGACCACCAAAACCAGUGUAUGGUCCGCCCAAACCAGUAUACGGCCCACCAAAACCAAAAUAUGGUCCACCGCCAAAACCUAAAUACGGACCUCCUCCAAAACCACAAUACGGUCCACCUAAGCCUGUCUACGGUCCACCUAAACCAGUAUAUGGUCCACCUAAACCAGUUUAUGGCCCACCAAAACGUUCACCUAAACCAGUGUAUGGCCCACCACCAUCUUCAAGUUAUGGAGCCCCCAAAAUUUCAUCCUCAUAUGGAGCACCACCAUCUUCAUCUUACGGAGCCCCACCAUCUUCAUCUUAUGGAGCACCACCAUCCUCAUCUUACGGUGCACCACCAUCUUCAUCUUACGGAGCACCACCAUCUUCAAGUUAUGGAGCACCAUCUUUCGGCGGUGGUCACGGUGGUGGAAGUAUCUCAAUUCCAUCAUCAAGCUACGGAGUUCCAGAUCUAUCAUCUACAUACAGUAUACCUAGUGGAGGUCAUGGAGGUGGUGGCGGAGGAGGUGGCCAUAGUUUUUCAUCAGCACCAUCCUCUAGUUAUGGUGCUCCUUCAUCGAGUUACGGAGCACCAGCUCCUUCAUCUAGUUAUGGAGCACCAUCUGGUGGUUCUUUCGGAGGCCAUGGUGGUGGUGGUUCUUUCGGAGGUCAAGGAGGUGGUUCAUUUGGUGGCCAUGGAAGUAGUUCUUUCGGAGGAAGCAUAUCGUCUAGUUAUGGAGCACCUGCACCAUCUUCAAGCUAUGGUGCCCCAGCACCUUCCUCAAGCUAUGGAGCUCCGGCACCAUCUUCAAGCUAUGGAGCACCAGCUCCUUCCUCAAGCUACGGAGCGCCAGCACCUUCAUCUAGUUAUGGAGCCCCAGCACCUUCCUCAAGCUAUGGAGCACCAGCACCCUCGUCGAGUUACGGAGCACCAGCACCUUCAUCAAGCUAUGGAGCACCCGCGCCAUCCUCAAGCUAUGGAGCGCCAGCACCAUCGUCGAGUUACGGAGCUCCAUCAUCUGGUGGAUCUUUUGGCGGCCAUGGUAGUGGUGGUGGUAGUUUUUCCAGCAGUUUAUCAUCAAGCUACGGUGCUCCAGAGCCAUCAUCUUCAUAUGGAGCACCUUCAAGCAGUUAUGGAACCCCUGGUUACAGUACGAUAGGUGCAGAUCUUGGUGGUAGCAGCUUUGGAGGACACGGUAGCUCAGGUGGACAUGCCACUAGUUUCCAAUCAUUCCAGAGCUUUAGCGCUCCAUCAUCAAGCUACGGAGCACCUGCACCUUCAUCUAGUUAUGGAGCACCCUCAUCGAGUUAUGGUGCACCAGCGCCUUCGUCAAGUUACGGUGCUCCAGCUCCGUCUUCAAGCUAUGGGGCACCAUCCCCAUCAUCCAGUUAUGGGGCUCCUGCACCAUCUUCAAGCUAUGGUGCUCCAGCACCUUCGUCUAGUUACGGUGCCCCAGCUCCAUCAUCUAGCUACGGAGCUCCGGCUCCAUCUUCAAGCUACGGAGCACCAUCUUCAGGUGGGGGCCAUAGUUCCGGUGGUGGUGGUGGUGGUCAUGGCUCAAGUGGUGGAUUUUCAGGAGUAUCAUCAAGUUAUGGUGCACCUGAACCUUCAUCAAGUUAUGGAGCACCUUCAUCCGGACAUGGUUCAUCAAGUAGUUUUUCAGCACCAUCCAGUAGCUAUGGAGCACCGUCAUCCAGUUACGAAACACCUUCAUCAAGCUACGGAGCACCUUCCAGUGGUGGUGGUGGACAUGGCUCCUCAUCAAGCUUCCAAAUUCCAUCCACAAGCUACGGUGUGCCACAAACUUCAUACGAUACAAUUGCCGCAGGUGUUGCUGGAGGACAUUAUGCUGAACCACCCGGUGAUGCUUUUGGUGCAUAUUCCGAAUCAUUAGCACAAGUAGCUCAAGCAUUAACAGAGACAUCUGAAGAAAAAGAUGAAAGCGAAACAGACUAAAGAUGUACAUGUUUUUUAAAUCUCGUAAUUUAAGGUCGUUAUUUAUGAAUUGUUGUUAAAUAUUUACAAAUUUUAUCCUA